AGUGCACAUUAUCCUGCAAACCGACUCGUAGCAUAAGCAUUUUAGCCAUGAUUAAUGAGCUUAAAUCAAAAUGUAUAAUAUGAUCAAAGUCAACGGACAACGAGUAAAGAGUCAGUAAAGUCAGUUGCACUGACGACGUAUUGACGUAUCGAUUAUGGUAUACAUUCUGAUUUCUGUCAGUAUAUCAGCACCUACCAUAAUAUUCUGUGAUUUUUGACUGGUGUCAACCGUCGUCUUCGUCGUCGGACCAUGAUUGAUGGUUGCAAAGAAAUCAUUAUGAUAUUAUUGGGAGUAAGUGAAAUUGAAGCGGUCUGCUGAUUGCAAACGAAAUUUUUGAAUUUUUCGCUAUACGUGAGAAUAUCUGCAACCAGUGGUCGUUAUACACUUAAACUACAUUAGUACCCACGCAAAAAUUCGCCCGCCAAAUCGACUGCGAUGACGUUUUACCAAGUUUUGAUCUAUUUAUCGUACACUAUUCUAGUCAAUAUUUUUAUGUCGUAUAUAGUCGCCGACUACUUUUUGAAUGUAACUUUAGACCAGUAUACGGGAUAUGAGCACGUCAAAACUCGAUAUUUCGAUCACAUUAUCGUGGGCGGAGGAACUGCAGGUAUUGCUGUAGCUUCGCGUUUAGCAGAAAAUGAAGCACAUACUGUUUUACUAAUAGAAGCUGGUCCUAAAGUAUCAUUUUUACAUGACAUACCUCUUGCCACACCGAUGUUUCAAAAGUCACCAAUCGAUUGGCAACAUCAAACAGAAUCACAGUUAGACGCGUGUUUAGCAAUGAAAAACAAUUCUAGUCAAUGGCCUUCAGGAAAAGUCUUAGGGGGCAGCAGUCGUAUCAAUUUCAAUAUUCAUGUUAGAGGGCAUAUUUCUACUGAUUAUUCAUCAUGGCAAUCUGAACAAGAUUGGACCAAAGAGGAUGUUCUAUACUAUUUCAACAAAUAUGAAAAAGCUGAUAAAUAUAAUAGAUCACCCAAUAAAAAACAAUUCUUCAGUCAUCAACCAACACAUGUAACACCAAUUGCAAAAGCUAUACUUGAGGCGGCCGAUGAGUUGGACUUUAAUACUUCAAUAGAUAUGAACAACGACGGUUUUCAUAUUCCUAGACGAGAUGGUGGUAUUUUUUCAUUGACACCAGUGUCAAUAAGAACAGGAGCUAGAUUAAGCGCUGAACACCUAUACUUAAAAUCAAAGAAGAAAAAAAACUUAGUAGUGCUCACAAAUGCUCAGGUUACAAAGGUGCUGUUUAAACAUAAUUAUGAAGCAAAUGGAGUUAUGUAUAACAGGUUCAACCAAGUUUUUAAAGUAUAUGCACAUAAGUCUGUUGUCAUGUCUGCAGGAACAUUGAAUACCGCAAAAAUACUUUUAUUGAGUGGUAUUGGACCAGCACAACAACUUAAACCAUUAAAAAUCCCCGUGAUUGCGGAUUUGGCAGUAGGAGAAAACUUACAAGACCACAUUAUUACUGGAUUGGACAUGAUAACUUUACAAAAUUCAUUGGACUUAACUUUUAAAGAUUUUAUAUCACCAAUAAGCAUUUAUAAAUACUUUUUCAAAGGAACAGGUACAUGGACACAUCCAGGAUGUGAAGCUGUUGGUUUAUUACAACUACCAUCAGAUAAAAAAAACUAUUCUAUGUCAUCCCCAGAUUUGCAAUUUAUGCUUUUACCUUAUGGAAUAUCAUCGGAUGCAGGUGCAGCAUACUUCAAUCAUUUGAAUUUAAAAAAUGAGAUUUGGAAUGAAUAUUUUCAACCUCUUGUGGGAAGACAAGUUAUUUCAUUAGCACCAGUUCUAUUGCAUCCUCAAAGUACUGGAUAUGUAAAAUUAAACAUUAAUCGUGAACUUAUUAUUCAGCCAAAUUAUUUACAAAAAGCACAUGACGUAAAUGUGUUGGUUCAAGGAAUGAAAUUGAUGAAUAAAUUUGUAAAAACCAAAACAUUAUCAAAACUUGGCGCUAUGUUGAACACUAAACAUUUUCCUGGUUGUGAAAAAUAUAAUUUUGGAUCGGACUAUUAUUGGGAAUGUUACAUUAGGCAUAUGACAUUAACAUCUUAUCAUCCUGUUGGAACAUGUAAAAUGGGAAGUAUCCAUAGUAAAAGUGUAGUGGAUCAUUCAUUGAGAGUGCAUAAAUUAAAUAAAUUAUAUGUGAUUGAUGCUUCAAUAAUGCCUUCUAUGCCAAGUGGAAAUAUAAAUGCUGUUGUGGCAAUGAUAGCCGAAAAAGGAGCAGAUCUUAUAAAAAAACAUUGUUUUCAAAGAACCCAAAAAUGUAAAAUCAUAGAUUUCUUAUAUUAUGGUUAUAGGUAUUGAAAUAUUGUUUUAAAUAAAUUGUUAUUGCUAUAAUAAUCGUUUUAUAUGUAUUUGUAAUAAUUGUAUACUUGUAAAUAUUAGUUAAAAAAAAUAAUUUAAUUUUUA